CCCGGCAGCYCUUCCGCAGUUCAGAUUCUUGCCCCGUGGAAGCUCCGCUUUGGGGAUGGACGGCAGAGCGGUGAAAGCUGUUUUCUUUGAUUUGGACAACACGCUGAUAGAAACGAGUAAAGCUGGAGGAGCCGCGCUUCAGAAGACCAGCGAGCUUCUGAAGACCGAACUGGACCUGGAUGACGCCUCCAUCCAAACCAUCAGUGAGAAAUUCAAGCAGAAGCUUCUCCACGAGCAAAAAGACGGGUCCGUCGGAACCAUCGACGACCUCCGCGUGCGUCACUGGGAGGAAAGCAUCGCGGAGACGCUGGGCCGCCGCGCCCCYCCCUCUCUGGCGUCUCAGUGCUACUUCCUGUGGAAGAACAGCCGCCUGCAGGUCCUGUGUCUGUCCCCCGAGGUCCGCCGCCUCCUGAAGCGGCUCCGCGGCCGCUACAAGCUGCUGCUGCUGACCAACGGGGAGGCGCAGACGCAGAGGGAGAAGCUGGAGGCGGUCCGCUGCGAGGAGCUCUUCCACGCCGUCGUGGUCGGGGGGGAAUACCCUGAGCAGAAACCGUCCCCGUCCAUCUUCAGGACGUGUUUCCACCUGCUGGGCGUGGAACCGCAGGACUGCGUGAUGGUCGGGGACUCUCUGGACACGGACAUUCAGGGGGGCGUCAGCGCCGGGGUCCGGGCCACCGUUUGGAUCAGCGGUUCUGAGUCGGAUGGUCCGGUGAAACCAGACUUCACCGUCCCUACUGUGCUUCAGCUACCGGACAUCCUGGCUCAGCUGGAAGGACAGACUUCACUUUAAACAGUUUCAUGAGAUUUUUGUCCCAGAUUUUAAACAUGAGUUUUAUUAUUAUUAUAAUAUCUGAUUAAAUAUUUGAUUUUUAUUAUUA